AUGGCGAACGAGGAGCAGCGAAAAGCUUUUGCAGCGUACAUGGGCGGUGGCAGCGGCUCGACCGCGAGUGCUGGACAGCCAAUACCGCAGUAUCCAGGCUCAGUCGCCAACCCUGCUAACCAGUAUCUUUUCAAUCAAUUCCCCGGGCUUGGAGUUCCCCCAGCGGCACCUACACCUCCACCCGCAGCAGCGAGUUCCAUCGUUUCGUACCAAGGGCUCCAAGGUGGUUUUGCGUCCCAGGGUGCUUUCGGUCAAGCCGGCUUUCCUCAACGCCCUCCGCCUCUUGCCCAAGGUCAAGGUCACGGUCAAAAUCCCCUAGCGGGCGCUCAGUCGAUGCCAGCACCGCCCGCACCUCCCGGUUACGCUCAGCUUCCACGCAGCUAUACUAGUCAGCCACCGCCUCCACCUGGGUACACCGUUGGUUGGCAAUACACAGAUCCGAACGCGCCGCAAUCUGCACGAGCGAGCUUGGCUGGCGCCGCUUCUGGUGUUAUGGCUCCUACGCAACGCAAUGUGUCCUCUGAGAUGGUGCAGUCGGAGAAGAAGACAGACGAAUACUUUGCCUAUCAGUACCAGACAGGCGUAGAAGCACCACCGCAAGUCAAGGAGCAGACAGUACCAAUGCGGUCUGCGGGCUACCAUCGAAACCAUCCUGUCAUACCAGGCAAACCCAUCGUCACCACGCCUUGUCGAAAGUCGACCAGCUAUACGCGAAUCCGAACCUGUACUGCCGAUGAGCCUUGCGACUGGCCUAGGGAACCCGUCCAGAUCGAAGUUGACAACAGCGAGCGAAGAGGCCGGCGAAGGAGUCGCGAUGAUAUAUAUGCGUCUUGGAAAACAGAUCACCUUCGACCGCGCAUCAUCAAAGAAGGCUCAAGUCGCGCCAACAUUGGGCUACGGACGUUGCAGCGCAGCCCAUCGCGUGGUUACAGAAGCACGACCAGAGUGCGGGUGUCUUCGCUGAGCCCAGGACGUUCAAGGUAUGACGGUGUUUGGCCGCCGCCAGAUGUACCAUAUCCUACUCCUGACGAGGUAUGGCCGCCACCUGAUGUCGUCCGUACUCACUCGUAUAGGAAGAAGAGUCCGCCUCGUCCAAACCCUCGUAUCGUCGAACUCAGUCCCUCCCCUCCACCGGCGCGCUCCAGGACUACCAGAGUCAGUUAUCGAGAAGAGUCACAAGAGCAGCGACUCAGAAGUCCUGUGCGGCGUAGCGAGAGUCGCGUUCGUAUCGAGUCCCAUCCUCGUCCUUACAGAACGGUGAUACCGGACCAUCGCGUAUUCUCGCAAUCUGACGAGACUUCAACGAACGAUGCCGGCUCAGAAACAGUCAGUCGUGGGAUUCUCAAGCCAGCAGACAUGACAUACGAGACGUCAUACAGACGCAGAACCAGUAUGCGCGAUAGCCAGCAGAGCACGAACGUAGAGAUCGGUGGCCCACGUGUUCAAUUUGCUUCAGAACGAAGAGAGGAACAUCGCCCAAGCGACAGACCUGACGAUGAGAAAUACGAUCAGUAUCUCCGUUACGAGAGCCAUCGCUAUGUGGACAAGCCUGCUUCACCACCGAUUGAUCGCAUGGAAAGACUUCACAUACGUCGAACAUCGCCCUCUCCACAGGGAAACUACGAUGAGAUUCGCAUUGAUCGUGCUCGCCGCAUCUCGUCUUCGCCUCCUCGACGGUACGAAGAAGUUCGAGUCCGUCAUGUCAGUGUCAGCCCACCACCACCUCGUGAGCGUGUGCUUCGGCCCCCGCCAUCGCCUCCAUCGCCCGAGCGGCCCACGUACUCCGGCUAUCGUCAUAUCUCUCGUACCAAAGCUAUCGAGCGUACUCGAUCUAUCACACCUCCACCUAGUCGAAAGCAAAUCAGCUCAGAGGAUGACAUGACUGACUCUGAGGACGAUGAACGUGGUCGACCGAUCGAGGUCAGAAGCUGGAAGGGCAUUGACGAGAAUGGUCAGCCAGCUACCUUUUUCGAGGAGAGACGGAAAGUCAGGAUGAUCGAUCAAGGAAGUGUAAGCGGCUCAGAGUUUAGACCACUAACUGAGAGGUUGGCUGCGAGGAGCUGGCGUGAGGUGUGAUUAUGGCUGUCUUUGGGCUUGUGAACUGAGUCACGGCAAGAGGUUUUCUG